AUGAACUGUCCUUCUCGAACAGAUGACACGCUCGAACACCCCGGCUGGAAUCAGAAUCCGUCAGCGUUGAAUGCAGAUCUUACUACUCGAAAUGAUUUCAACGGGAUUGCCAACUCCAAAGUACACAGGAAGCAUGCCUCAGGAAUAGCGGGAACAGUGGGGGAUGGGACAAUGGAUGUACAAUCUCAAAUACAUGGGCAGGAUGAAGGCGACAUUGAGAACGAGAAGAAGACCCCCGGCGGGGUGAUCACUGCCGCCUCUGGGUAUGAACAACCCGAGACGGACAGCGGAUCACCUCGCCGUCCCUUCAAAGAUCUAGUUAGAUCUCGUCUUCUUUCUCUAGCUCAGAGCAUCGCCAAAUUCGGUCGCUUCGUGGGCCCCGGUUUUCUGAUCGCUGUGGCGUAUAUUGACCCGGGAAACUACUCUACCGACGUCGCUGCCGGUGCCGAAUUUCGAUACGCUUUGCUCUUCAUAGUUCUCGUUUCCAAUCUCUUCGCCAUUUUUCUGCAGUCCUUAUGCGUUAAACUUGGUACCGUAACCGGACUGAAUCUGGCGGAGAAUUGCAGAGAACACCUGCCUAAAUGGGUCGUGAUUAUACUCUACAUAUUUUCGGAGGCUGCCAUUAUUGCAACCGAUAUUGCAGAGGUUAUCGGCUCAGCAAUUGCUCUCAAUCUUCUUCUGAACAUUCCUCUGGUCGCGGGAUGCGCAAUUACGCUCGCCGAUGUUCUAUUUCUCCUCAUUUUCUACAGGCCGAAUGGCGCCAUGUGGGGGCUACGGUUGUUUGAAUACUUUGUCAUGGCCUUGGUGCUGGGAGUUGUGGUUUGCUUUUGCAUUCAACUAUCCCUCAUUAAAGAACAGUCCAUCGGGGCCGUGUUCAAAGGCUAUUUACCAUCUUCCGCCGUAGUGCAAUCUGAAGGUUUGUACCAGAGCUGUGGAAUCCUCGGAGCCACUGUAAUGCCCCACUCCAUGUUCCUCGGAAGUGGUGUUGUGCAGUCACGCCUGAAAGAAUUCGACGUGACACAGGGCUACGUGGAUGCAUCUGUUCCACUAGGAAGCAAUGGCGGAGAGGUGGAAUAUCGACCAUCGAUCUACGCCAUUCGAGACUGCAUGAAGUACUCCAUCAUUGAACUGACGCUUUCCCUCUUUACCUUCGCCCUCUUUGUGAACAGUGCCAUUCUCAUUGUCGCUGGUGCCUCUUUGUAUGGAACCGCCGGAGCCGAUGAUGCAGAUCUCUGGGGUAUUUACAACCUCUUGUCUAGCUCAAUUGCCCCAGCUGCAGGAUUGGUUUUUGCCUUGGCAUUGCUGCUCUCCGGUAUCUCCGCUGGUAUCGUAUGUACCAUGGCAGGACAAAUGGUCAGUGAGGGCAUGUUGAACUGGAGCGUCAGGCCCUGGAUCAGGAGACUUGUCACCCGAUCUAUUAGUAUAAUCCCAAGCAUAAUUAUUGCUGGGGCCGUUGGCAAAGGUGGGCUAAACAAGACUCUAAACGCCAGUCAAGUGGUAUUAAGUGUCAUACUACCAUUCGUUUCUGCACCCUUGAUCUGGUUCACAUGCUUGAAUAAGUACAUGACCGUCAAAACGAACAAUGUCAACGACAACGAUGAGAAUCCCCAAGUCGAGGAAGUUAAGAUGAGAAACAAUAUUUUUGUUUCAAUCAUCGCUGUCCUGGUAUGGCUCAUCAUAGCAGUCAUGAAUGUGGCCUUGCUUGUUCUGAUUGGACUUGGCAAGGCUUCUUGA